AUGGCUUUGGCCCAAUCUUUGCCUGACCAACACACAGCAGGCCCGGGCACCCAGCUCCAUCCGCCUGCCCCUGCCUUUCCUUCCUCUCCAGGGGCUAUGGGCUCUGUCAGCAGCCUGAUAUCUGGCCAUGGAGGUGCAGCCUAUCAUGCCCGGCCCAACCUGGAGGUCAGCACCAAACUGCACCAGGCGUCAUCAGGCGCGGGACGCUUCAAUCCCGAAACGUCCCAGCAACCCCUGCUUAGCAGUCACACUCCAAACCGGAAGAGACAGGCCAUUGUUGGCAAAGCCAAAGGGAUUGGUAGCCGCUCAUUUUCACAUGAAGACUUAAUCAGGGAUUGGGAAGACCAUGGCCUUCCCCCAGACAACUUGGAGAUGAGGGUGGGAGAGUCACUGAAUGGGAAUAUGGAUGGUCCUCCUAAACUUGUCCCUGUGUCUGGGAAGCUAGAAAGGAACAUGGAGAAAGCUGUUAUCCGUCCAACAGCCUUCAAACCUGUGGUACCCAAGAACCGAACCUCCAUGCAGUACCUGUCGCCUCGUCUUGGGGGAGGAUUAUCGGGAAGCCAAGGCAACCUCACCUUGUUAUCUCCAGGGCAAGGGGACAUUACUCCUCAGAGCUCAGAGAGACGUAGCUCCUAUAGUGGAGCACGCGCUGGUUUGGUGAGCCAGUCCUUCUCCAUGUCAGACUCUGGUCGGAACUCUUUGACAAAUCUCCCAACUUAUAAUGGCACUGUCUAUAACUUGGGCCAAAGUGAAGGGCCAGGGGGCCAUCUUGAGCCCACUAAACCCUCUCUAAGUCAUGGACACUCAAACUCUGACAGUGGACGCUCUUCCUCUAGCAAGAGCACAGGUUCCCUCAGUGGACGUGGACAGCAGCUCUCUGAAACUGGCUCAGCUGGUCGUUCCCCCCCACCUAUAGAGGCCUAUGAGAUCAUUGUGAGAGAUCUGGAGGAAAAACUGAGGGAGAGAGAUCUGGAGCUGCAGCAACUCAGGGAAAACUUGGAUGAGAAUGAAGCUGCCAUUUGUCAGGUGUAUGAGGAGAAGCAGAAGCGCAGUGAACUAGAAAUGGAAGAGUUGAGGCAAAGCUGUGCCUCUAAAAUGCAGUUGGCCUCACAGAAAGCCCAACGCGCUCAGCAGGUGUUGCAGCUGCAGGUGUUCCAGCUGCAGCAGGAAAAGAAAAAGCUACAGGAAGACUUUGGGCAGCUGCUCCAAGAACGGGAACGUCUGGAGGAACGAUGUGCUUCGUAUGAGCGGGAGCACACCCAGCUGGGCCCGCGGCUUGAGGAGACCAAAUGGGAGGUGUGUCAGAAAUCAGGGGAGAUAUCAUUGCUGAAACAGCAGCUGAAGGAUCUGCAGGCAGACCUGGCCCAACGUGUGGGUGAAGUGGUUGCUCUGAGAGGACAGUUACGGGAAGCCCGCAACGAGCUGCAGAACUGCCAAAGCCAGCUCCAGGAAGCCCACACUGCUUCACGCACUCGGACUCUGGAGCUGGAGGUCUGUGAGAACGAGCUGCAGCGCCGCAAGAGCGAGAACGAGCUGCUUCGCGAGAAACUCAGCCGUGUGGAGGAGGAGUCGAAUCGUCUCCGUGAAGCGUUGAGUAGCUACGACGAGGUUCCACAUUCUCACAAGCAUGAAUCGGGAUUAAGCCCAUCAUACUGUGGUGGAGAGGAUCUGCGAGUGGUAAAAGAGAGCGAUGAGGUGACAGGACAGAGGCAGGGCGGGGACCCAAGGCAACAGGUCGAGCAUUUGAGGGCAGAGCUUUCUGCAGAAAGACAACAUGCGGCAGAACAGGCUGCAAGAUUUGAAGAUGAACGGCGCAGCUGGGAAGAGGAGAAAGACAAAGUGAUACGCUACCAGAAACAGCUCCAGCAGAAUUACGUACAGAUGUACCGUAGGAACCGUGAGCUUGAAAGAGAAUUACGGGAACUCAGCCUGGAACUGGAGACAAGAGAGCUUGACGACGAGAGCAGCGGAAAUGAGAUCACUUUUGACGAGGUUACCGCCACAGAGAUCUAGAGCCAAUUUACUCCCAGAACAACAUGGAAGGGAGCCAUCGUGUUGUGUGCUUUCAUAAAAAUUGAGUGUCUGAAUUUGCCAGUAAUUCAUUAGUUCAUGGUAUACAGUAUAACAUAGUG